CGAGCUCCGCGCUCCGUUGGAAAGCUUGGAAUUGGCCUUCUGCUCGCUGCUCCCCGCCGACCUCGCCUUCCUGUCCCGCAGCCGCCACGCGCCGGCCCUCAAGCGCCUGGACCUGAGCGGCCACGACUUCUCGCGGGCGCUGCUGGAGCCGCUGCGGCUGCUCCUGGAGGAGACCUCGGCCUCGCUGCUGCACCUGGAGCUGACGGAAUGCCGCCUGGCCGACGCGCAGCUGGCCGCGCUGCUGCCGGCGCUGCGCCGCUGCCGCCGCCUGCGCUUCCUGGGCCUCCACGGCAACGCCCUGUCCACGGCCGCGCUGCGGGAGCUGCUCCUGCGCACGCUGGAGCUGCCGGAUCUCCGCCUCGUCGUUUAUCCCUUCCCGGCCGACCGCGCCGCCGCCGAGACCGACGCUCGGAAUUCCGACGGCUCGGACAGCCGGGAGGUUUUGGCGGAGGUCGGCGCCGAGUUGGCGCGGGUGUUGGAGGAGUCCGGCAGGGUGGACCAGGUUUGGACGGCCGACCCCUACGGACACGGAGAUCUGGAUUUCUUCUCCUUGUGAGCCGGGAAAAGCUCGGAAUCGGCG